UUUCAGUGAGCAGUGUCAGAGUGUGUUUGUCAACCGAAAAGAUAUCGCAAAAUUCUGUUUGCGAAUCAAAAUGUUGCUCAAACCCAACGUUACGGGUUUUGUACAAAGAAUUAUCAGUUUUAUAAUAUUAACAUCAUAUCUUAUAGCCAAUUAUGGUGCCAAUGAGAUUGAGCUACCGAAACAAUUUGUCACAAGUAGUUCGCACACCAAUAACUGGGCAGUUCUGGUUGAUACAUCACGUUUUUGGUUUAACUACCGGCACAUCGCCAAUGUUUUGUCGGUAUAUCGAUCGGUCAAACGUUUGGGCAUUCCAGACAGUCAAAUUCUACUAAUGAUUGCCGAUGAUAUGGCUUGCAAUGCAAGAAACCCACGCCCAGCAACGGUGUUCAACAACGCGAAUCAACAUAUUAAUGUCUAUGGUGCCGAUGUUGAGGUUGAUUAUCGAGGGUACGAGGUAACAGUGGAAAACUUUGUCCGUUUGUUAACUGGGAGAAAUGAGAAUGGUACCGCGAGAUCUAAAAGACUGUUAUCCGAUGCCGGGAGCAAUGUGCUCAUUUACUUGACUGGACACGGUGGCGAUGGGUUCUUGAAAUUUCAAGACUCUGAGGAGAUCACUAAUCAAGAGUUAGCAGAUGCCAUAGAGCAGAUGUGGCAAAAACAACGCUACAAUGAGCUGUUCUUUAUGAUCGAUACCUGCCAAGCAGCUUCAAUGUAUGAAAAGUUCUAUUCGCCCAACAUUUUGGCCGUUGCUAGCAGUUUGGUUGGAGAGGAUUCUCUUUCACAUCAUGUUGAUCCGGCCAUAGGAGUUUACAUAAUCGAUCGGUACACGUAUUAUGCACUUGAAUUUUUGGAGAAAGUUGAAGUCAAUAGCAAGAAAUCAAUGGGCGAAUUUUUGUCGGUCUGCCCGAAACGUGUAUGUAUAUCCACUGUUGGAGUACGUAAAGAUCUCUAUCCUAAAGAUCCCUUCAAAGUACCAAUCACCGAUUUCUUCGGAUCAAUAAGACCUACCGAAAUAUCCAACGGGGUCGUUAAUGUAACCCUCUCAACCAUCCCCGAAACACAUUUUGGACGAAGACAAAUUAGCAAACCAAAUCCAAAAUUUUUCGUCGAGCAGUUUCCAAGCCAUUUGUUUAAGUAAGUACAGCUCUAGUCAACUAUCCAUGAGAUACGCGUGGUAAUUUGAACUGAUUUAUUAUUGAACCCAAUAAAUAAAUUAUUCACUAU